CGGUUUGUACGUAAAUUUUUGUCUGCUAUCGACAACGACCCUGCUGAAGAUUUGGCAAAAGACCCAUGUUACGCUAAGAGUUAUCUUGAUGCCGACAAGUGUGUUGCGAAAAAAGUGCCCGAUUAUGACCCCGAGUGCCCUUUUGUAGAGUACAGGUGUUGUAUAUUGUGGUUGGGUUUAGAUUGCCUCAGGGAUGCUGGGAAGACCGAUUGUACGGCACCUGAGGCCGAGACUAUGGGCACAAUUGAAGAUCAAAUGAUUGCAUUUAUGAAUGAAAAUCAAUGCGAAACUUAUAAAUACGUGAAAGAUAUUAAAAUUUGUAAAAUA